AUGACCACUCGCUUUCAUUCACUUCGACCUACCUUGAUAAUACCUUCCACUGAACUCCAGAGACGUGUCUCGACGCGUCGCUCACCACACCGCUUUGAUCAAAAUAGCCGAUUCCGCGUUCUCUUGUUGCUCAGCCAGUUGAAGGCAGCGGUAAUUCGACUCGCAUCCACGAUGGCUGUCAAAGACGAGUUCACGCUCGCUGACUUCACGAGAUAUGCACGUGAGAACUUCCCGGGCGCUUUCGAGAUUGUCGCUGAUCCAAGCCUGUACAAAUUCGAGGCCAAUCGCGUAUGUACGGCUAAUAGCGGAGUGAAAGAAGUUGCCUUACUUCACAUUGCAUACUGGAAUGGUCAGCAUCAUGGUAUACCAGUUUGGGCAUCUCUCGACAGAAGUAACGUUCAAUACUCCUACAACUCAAGCAAGUGUGUCAGACCUACGUGUGCUACGCCGGCGUACUCUGAAGACAAUGGCGCAUAUCAAACCUUCCGGGUUCCCUCAACAAUGCAGCACCGCUUCUGUACGCUUCUCCAGCAUCAUGAAAGCCAUCGAAAAAGAUUAACGAGUCCACGAGACGGAGCUUUUGGAGGAAAACACCAGGCUGAAAGACCAAAUGUUCGCGACCGAGAAAAAGGCUCAGCUUUAGGUCCGACAGAAAAGCCUGAUAGCGGUUAUCCAGGGAAAAGAAGGUGCGUCAAAGAUUGUACUGAAUGCAGUCUCUCCACACUUGCUCAGCUGAGCCUCAAUAUAUGUGGCGUCGGUCUGCUUCAUGUGCGCUCCAUGAAUAGCAGAACGGCACGCUGA